GUGGGAGUGUGCAUUAUUCAAAUAUGUUUUUUACACGAUAAAGAACCCGUUAUGUGAACCUUGAUGUCCAAAAAAUAUGUAGAUUCCCACAAUGUUAAACCACAAGUACCAUGUUAUAAGAUCUAGGCAUUCAGUUGCACAAGUUCAACACAGCUGCAGCCAUGUUGGUAAUAUUUGUUGCAUUAAUCCUACAGGCAGGAGACUACACUCAAGCACAAGAGGACAACACACUUUACUGGUGUGAGUGUGCAUUGUUCAGAGAAGAUGGUUUCUUAAACGAAAUAGAGCCUAACCUACAAAACCUUACAGGGGGUUAUGUGAACCUUGGUGAGCGUCUAUUAUGUAAUAAUGGGGACUUGAAUGUGUGCGAUCGAUACUGUAGGAGACAAAUCAUAAGUGAGAUAAAUGGAAACUAUACAUUCUACACUCUUAUUCAAGAUGGCACAAAUCAUACAGGCGAAACCUAUGGUGACCAUAUGUGUGAGCGUGUAGGCGCUUACGAUAAGACGGAGCUUCCUAUUGACUCCCCAGGAUAUGCAGUGUUUGCGUUUUCUCGUAUGCAAGAUUGCGUUACACUGGACACAACAUGGUACACAUUCCCAGAUUCUCAGUUUGACCCACCAAACAACCUCUGUUGUAAUGCUGAUGGAACUUACACCGGCUGUUUUUAAGAUUCAUUCAUAUAAUUAUUAUAACUGGUUAUACUUAAUUAAUAAAUUAUGAAUGUCAAGG